UCAGAGGGCAGCCCUCACGGAUACGUCAUGCUUUUUGUUGUUUGAGUGCCUGCCGGCCAACUGAGGCACGGCUUAAUGAGAUCCAGAAACCGGCUGGUCAUUCCCUUUAGUGGCCGGCAUGCUGGGGUGUGGUGUGGGUGUGAGUCUGGGGAGGGGAGUCUGCAUUUCUCACUCUCACGAAUGAUCUCGCUUGUUAGAAAUGAGGAGGCUUCUGCUUUAUCUCGUAGCCCGAGAGUACAAACCUCCGUGCGGGCGGAUGGAGGUUUGCAAAAGGGAAAGUUGUGGCAAAGUUGUUAAUGCCAUUGAGGAGGGUCUUUGGCCUUCUGAUUUUCCUCAGGAAGGUGGGAAUCCGAGUUGAAUUGAAGAACUCUUAGAGUAGACGUGGUUUAAUGAGAGUGAAGCAUUUUCUCUGCCAGUUUGAUAGGUCGGAACUGUGAGCUGGUCAUUUCCCUGCAGGAACAACAGGGCUUGGGGGUGGGAUUUUUUGAAACAUGAUGUCUGUGGGCAAGAGGGCAGAACUGAGGCAUAAACCUCAAUCAGGAAUUCUUUUUUGCCCCCAAAUAAUAGCUUAUUCAGGCAGUUGGAGAGCAUCAGGGCGACUUUACUAAACAUGGAAGUUCCAAUAAGUGCUUGUCCAGGGCAGCCAGAGGGAGUGAUGUCAUUGCCACGUGUUUCCCAUCCAGGCACAAAAGCCCACUGGAUGCUGGUGCAAUUAAGAGCCAUGUUUAGACAAGAGCAGCUAACCUGGCCAGCUGGUCCCCAGCUCCAUUAACUUGUUGCUUUUCAAGCCAUCUCCGUAGGCUGCUGGUUCUUCGGGCUGCCUCUGUGUCAGUGGCUGAGUGGGCUUCCUGAAGGCUUCCUUGAAGAUGGAGGAAGCCAGAGGGCAGUGGGUGAUGUUUAUGGACCCAGCCAUGACUCUGAAUAAUGUCACCAUGCGCCAAGGCACUGUGGGCAUGCAGCCGCAGCAGCAACGCUGGAGCAUCCCGGCGGACGGCAGGCAUCUGAUGGUCCAGAAAGAGCCCCACCAGUACAGCCAGCGCAGCCAUCACUCUGCUGCUCCCGAGGACCACUGCCGCCGGAGCUGGUCCUCUGACUCCACAGACUCAGUCAUCUCCUCCGAAUCGGGGAACACCUACUACCGGGUGGUGCUCAUAGGGGAGCAGGGGGUGGGCAAGUCCACUCUGGCCAACAUCUUUGCAGGUAUACAUGACAGCAUGGACAGCGACUGCGAGGUGCUGGGAGAAGAUACCUACGAGCGAACACUGAUUGUUGAUGGGGAAAGCGCGACAAUUAUACUCCUGGACAUGUGGGAAAAUAAGGGGGAGAACGAAUGGCUCCAGGACCACUGCAUGCAAGUCGGGGACGCCUACCUGAUCGUCUACUCCAUCACAGACCGAGCCAGCUUCGAGAAGGCAUCCGAGCUGCGAAUCCAGCUCCGCAGGGCCCGGCAGACCGAGGACAUUCCUAUCAUUUUGGUGGGCAACAAAAGUGACCUGGUGCGGCGCCGGGAAGUGUCUGUGUCAGAAGGGAGAGCGUGUGCUGUGGUGUUUGACUGCAAGUUCAUCGAGACCUCAGCGGCCGUCCAGCACAAUGUGAAGGAGCUGUUUGAGGGGAUCGUGCGGCAGGUGCGCCUCCGGCGGGACAGCAAGGAGAAGAACGAGAGGCGGCUGGCUUACCAGAAAAGGAGGGAGAGCAUCCCCAGGAAAGCCCGGCGCUUCUGGGGCAAGAUUGUGGCCAAAAACAACAAGAAUAUGGCUUUCAAGCUCAAGUCCAAGUCCUGCCAUGACCUCUCUGUGCUCUAGGCCCCCAGAGUCACCCCAGAUGUUCCCCUGAUGGACAUCGUAGAGCACCACUGGGACUGAUAAUCUAUAUUAGAUUGCAUCUUCAGUGUUAUUAGAUACAGAGAUACAGCUUCCCCCAUUGUAGCUGGGAAUUAACUGGUUGGCCUCAAGAGCAACAUAAUGCACGGGAAACGGAAGGUCUUUGUAAAACCAGUAUUUAUUUACAGGAAAAGCCUGACCUUGCUACUUGAACACCCAAGACUCAGAGGAUGUGUUUGGGGUUCACAUGUGUUUCCUUUCUCCUCUGGAUAGUAGAGAAUUGAAGCUCAGAACAAGAACUUUUUAUUAUUAAAAUUCUAUCCAGUGUUCCGAUACAUGAAUUUGAGGCUAGUGGGCCACAGACAAAAUACUGGACAGUGGUCAAAGGAUUUAUCCAAAGGAGGGAGGAUUUCUUUCUCUGUACCUUCUAUUUGUGGAGCUAAGAUUGUAGAACCGGGCUCAACAUAAUUGUGACAGUCAUUGCUCCAUCAAGCUGUGAAAAGAAAUGAUGGACCUUGCUGGAAACUAAAGCUUAGCCAACAAUUUUUGUUUCCUACCCACAGUUGGGGAUCCAGAAAUUUGUACAAUUGGAAACUGAUACAGGUACCACGUAGGGGAUCAAAAAUCAUAUCUUUGCUUCUGUGUCUUACAGUUUUUUGUUUAGAGGAAAAUUAUUUAAGCAAAUUCUACUUGGUCAAACUACCUUUUAUGUUUCAUUGUUUUUAAAGCCUUGGGCCAUGAUGAAUAUAUUCUAAAAGUCGGAGUUAUUGACAACUUUGAGUGCAAAAUGCCAAAUUUUGAAAUAUAAUUGAAGGUCUCAAUUUUUAUAAAACAUAAAACGUGAAACUUCCAGUACUUUGGGUUGACCCUUGUAUCCCACAGCUCUGCUCUAUUUAUUGUUAUUUUGCAAAAUAAUAACCAUUUUAACGUUUGAUAAAGCAUAUUUAUGAACAUAUUUCUUAAUAGGAAAAAUGUCCAUUUUAUUACCAUUUUCUAUCUUUUUCAGAAUAUGCAAAUUUUUACCUAUAUGUCUUAUAAUGAAAGAAAUAAAAUCUUUGGGAAAAAGACAUUCUUAAAUGUUUCUCCUCCCCAAAUAAGACAAUUAUGAUUCCUUCCAUUUGCUUUUAGCCCAAGCACCUUCUACAGAAACAUACCUGUUACUUUAUAUCUUCUUUUCAUUGGUGGUAGUCCCAUUGUUAUUUGUUUCAAAGACUAUCUCUGACGUCUGUCUUUUGGAACCAUGAUUCACAAUAAUGCAGUUAUUUUUGGCUAAUACAUUUGGAAUAUUUGGGGCCCUCUAAAUGCUAAGUUACAAUAAAAGCCAGAUUGAUAUUUUACUUUGGCAAAUUUCUGACCUAACAGAUGGCCCUUUUCUCCAUGAAGGCUCAUGGUCCUAAGCUUGACUAAAGCAUUAGAGGAAAUUAUAAAGAUUAGGGAAAAAAAAAAAAAGGAAACUGGUGAUUUUCAGCCUGAGAUCUAUCUAGUCAGGCAAGGCUGUAACCAAAUUCUCAUUGGUACUAUUAUGGUUUGACCUUUGUCACGUGGUGGCGUGUGACCUGUUGCUGGAGUGGAACGACCCGAUGUCUCCCUUUCACAUCAGUGGCCCCUGUGUGUACCCUCCGUGGCUUCCCCUCCCUCUGUUUUCUGAGUUUGUAAUCAGAUACACGCUAGUAGUGACAGCCCUGGGACCUUGAAUAUUGCCGAAAGCAACAGCCUUACAACUCAGUUCUGCUGGCUGGUUCUCCUGGCUUGCUUUCCUCCUUUUUCCGAAUUGAAGGCCAGGUACCCAUCUCUGCAUUCUCCCUCUUUGAAUCGCUCGAUGAAGCAGUACAGGGAGAGGAUAAGAGUGAACAGUCAGGUGUCACAGGCAGCAUCGCUGCCAUUUUACAUCCUUGUGUCUUUGGAGCAAAAGCGAAACCUAUAUGACCAUCAUUUUUUUCAUCUGCAAAAUGGGGUUGUGACGAAUAGCUACCUUGUAAGAUUGUGAGGUGAACAUCUUUUAAUCUGCCGAACAUGAAGAGCUCAAGAGACACCUGUUUUGUCAUACGUCUUCCAUUCUGCGUAAGUCACUUUUAU